ACUGUGCAGAGGAAGCAAGCCGCGCGCCCACGUCAUGGCGUGCCGGAGCUAGGCACAUCACGCCUCCAUUCGCGCGCGCGCCGACGCCAUGACCCAACCAUAAAACACCACCACCAGCCCCACCCUAACUUCACCUCCACAACCACAAGCUCCACACACACACACACACAAUGCCCAGCCCGUCCUCGCAGUCGCCGCUCCUGCCACCGGCGCCGGCCGCCGCAGCCAGCCGCCGGCGUCGCCGCCUCCUCACCUCUCCACCCCCCUCGUCCGCCCCCGCAUCCGCCGCCUCUUCGUCUUCCUCUGCUUCAUCGUCGUCAUCGUCCGCUUCUUUCUCUUUCCCCUCCCCGGCGCCCUCGCCGUUCCACCACCGCUUCCUCUCCCCGCUCCGGGCCUCGGCGGUGCCCUUCUCCUGGGAGCACCGCCCGGGCAUCCCCAAGACUCCCGCGCGCGGGCCCAGCAACACCCGCGGCAGCAGCAAGCUCGGCGGCAAGGCGCCGCCGCUGCCGCUCCCGCCGUCGCUCUUCUCCAGCAACCGGGUCAUCGCCGAGUACCCCUUCGCCGGCGCCACCUACUCCGACAAGGCCGGCAGGCGCGGGAGGCAGCAGCAGCGCCGGUGGCCGGCGGUGACCGGCGCCCUGGCCGACUGGCUCGCCGUGCUCAGCCUCUACCGCUCCUGCACCAGGUCCCGCGACUGCCUCGCCGCCGCCGGCCCGCCGCCGCAGCCGCGCCGGCGCGUUCACGCCUAGGUCGCCGAUCAAUCCGUAUGGAGACGUACGUACGUAGAGAGCUGGUCUCCGUGCGCGCGAGAACAAUCAAUUCUUGGUUGGGCUGGGUGAUCAUCAGGAAUGUGCUUGGGGAUUUGGUGACAUGACGCUGUAAUUAAGGGUUUGGGUUUUCGUGUGUCGGCACACGCAUGUGCUACAGCAGCUUUGCUUGCACCAAACAAUAAUGAAUUGGUGGAAUUCGGCACGAUCAGUAGUAGUAGUAGGCCAGUCUGUUGAUUAAGAGUAGCUUACAAACACAUGAUAUUAUGGCUUGCAUGUGGGUGGUGCAGUGCAUAUGUUCUGCUGCAGUACCCUUUUCUUUGCUUUUUUUCUUUUUGAGAAAAUGUGUUGCACUGUUAGUGUCUGCUGUUGUGACUACUGAUUAGAAUGCAUUAUGCAUGCAUUUUUCAGUGACAAGUGGGCCACAGAUAUUAUUUUAGAAUGAUUAUGGCGAUCCAUCCUCUAUUUUUAACGUCAA